GACGUGUUUCCGUCAUCAGUGAGUGCGUUGCGCUGUAGCAUCAUGUGUAGCAUCAGCCACCGCUCAACAAUAUCACCGUCUAUAAACGUUUUUUGUAACUUAUUUCAGAAGGCUAGGCGUUCACAUUUACUUCUUUAUUUUUCUCUAACGGAUAACAGUCUCUUGCUACAGAGUUGGUGAUUAUACUCUUUGUUUAACGCGGCCUGGCAAAGUCGGGAAAUUAAAAUGUAAUGUUUUUUACUAGGUAGGUUAACGUUAGCUGUUAGCCUUUUUAGCCAUUGCGGACCAGCUGUAUGUGAGCACAAAGGCCGUGUACAGCGACACACUUUUUAACAAUGUACCCCUCCUGGGGAAACUAUGGGCCACCCCAGGCGCAAAACUUUGGAGGAUCAGGACCCCGUAAGCAGCCUGCUGCCAGCAACGCCGGCCCGGCGGCACAGGGGUUUGGCGGCUUCGAGGCCCCAUCAGGCGGCUCAAUGUUCUCCAGUCUCCAAGAGCAACACCUCCAGCAGAUGCAGCAGCUGCAGAUGCUGCACCAGAAACAGCUCCAGUCUGUGUUACAACACGGCAACAAUGCUAAUCCCAAUGCGUACAGUGGUGGACACACAGGUGGAUAUCCAGGGUCAUCGUGGCAUCCAGAAGGAGCAGGACAUUCAGACGGUGAUGCUGGAGCUCAGUCGUACUAUCAACAAGACGAGACUUCUGCUCAGCCUCCCAGGGGUCCCCCUGCUCCUCAGCCUCCCAGAGGUCCCUCUGCUCCUCAGCCUCCCCCACUUCCACCGCAACCGCACCCCAACGACCCCCAACCGUUGCCUCCCCCUCCAGAGACCCCGUCAUCCAAGCCACCGGAGUGUAACAGUGCUCCCCAAGCCAAAGAGGCCAAGAAGAAAGAUUCAUCCUCGGCAGAAGACGACACAUCCUUACCGUUGCAGGAGCAACAACAACGUUGGUACAAGCAACAUCUUCAAAAUCUACAGAAGUUAAAGCAAGAGAAAGCCAAGCAGAAUCAGAAAGAGGGUGAUGGUCAUGUGCCGUCACCCCUUCCUGGCCAUACGGUUCCUCCUCCUCCUCCAUCAGAACCACCAAAGGGUGCACCUCCUCCACCCCCUCCAAAAGACGAGCCACCAGCAGCACCACCUCCACCACCUGAUGAGGCAAGGCCUGAGGUCCCACAAGACCCAGAAGAGACUGCCCGCCUCCAGGAGUUACAGGCUGCAGCAGCGCAAUGGCAAAAGGUGCAGCAGCAGAGAGCAGGCUUACAAUACCAGGCUCUCAUGCAACAACACGAAAAGCUUCAGCAGAUUCUGGAAAAAUACCAACAGCUGAUUCAGCAACCUGCAAACCUACAGUCAAUGUCUGCUGAAAUGCAGCUGAGGCACUAUCAAUUGCAACAGCAGCAGUUCACCCCUUUAUUCCAAGAGUGGGAUCACUCCUUCGUCCUGUGGUAUGAACAGUUCAAGACCUAUCCCCACAAAGAUCAACUGCAGGACUAUGAGCGCCAAUGGAAGCAGUGGCAGGAGCAGAUGAGGGCCACCAAUGCUCACCUUCAAGAAAGGGUGGCCACUCUAACUGCCAUGGUGCCAAUCGCCUCAAGCCAGUUUAGUAGUGGAAUGAUGGGACAGUUUGGCCAGUACACUGGACAAGACAUACAAAUGCAGCAGCAGUCAUCAAUACCAGGUUUACAGCAUUCCCCAGUUGGUCUCAACUCUCAAGGUCCACAGCCCGCUGGCUCUGGCCCACAUUCAGAGUCACCUGCUGGACCCCCUGUGAGAGGAGCCAGCCCUGCUGGCAUAGGAGUCAGAGCCCCAGUUCCCCCCACCGUUCAACUACCAUGCACCAACAGUGUCAGAGGUCCACGUCCUGCUGUUCCCAGUGGAAUCAACCCUAGAUAUGACCAGCCACAACAAGGUUUUGAUGGUCCUCCAAGAUUUGACCAACCACAGCAACGCUUUGAUGGUCCCCCAAGGUUCGACCAACCACAGCAACGCUUUGAUGGUCCCCCAAGGUUCGACCAAACACAGCAGCGCUUUAAUGGUCCCCCAAGAUUCGAUCAACCACAACAUCGCUUUGAUGGCCCCCCGAGGUUCAACCAACCACAGCAGCGCUUUGAUGGCCCCCCUCGAUUUGACCAACCAAGGCACCGCUUUGAUGGUCCCCCAAGAUUUGACCAACCACGACACCGCUUUGAUGGUCCCCCGAGAUUUGACCAACCACGGCACCGCUUUGAUGGUCCCCCGAGAUUUGGGCAGCCUUCUAUGUUUGAACAGCCCCCAAGGGUCCCUGGCCCCCCGCCUGUUUUUGAACGCCCACCUGUGCCCCAGCAAAAACAACAGCAAGGACCAGAAUCUAAGGCACAACCACCCACUAAACAACCUGCCAGUAUGGAUUCCAAGGCUCCUGGAAAGACAGCCAGGCAGCCACAGUCGGAAAAAGCAAAAGGUGAUAAGGCCAAUGCUGAUGACUUGACAGAUGACAACUUGCUUGGAACUGAGGGCUUUUUUGUCCAGAUUGACCCCAUUCCGCAGACACUACAAACCAACACAGAGCCUGAGGAGAACAAAAGCGAGAAACCCAAACCUGGUAACAGCAAGCCUUCUGUAACUGCUCCCUCUACUGUGGCAUCACAAAAUACUGCUACAGAAAAUCUCCUAAGACCAGAUGGAUCAUUGACAAACAACAAACCCCCACUGGUUCCGAAGCCCCCUGGAAUCCAACAGGAGCCUGGUCAUAUGCAGUCAAGACCAGAUCAUCCAAGGCUUCCUCCUGGAAGGGGGCGAGGCCAGCCUCCGGUACCUAUCCAAGUGCAAGGACGAGGACGUGGGCAGAGGGGCCGUGGAGAGUUCAGGGGACCGAACACCGUACCACUUGGGGAGGAGAUGGAAGAAAUGUCUUAUGACUACAUGCCUCCUGAAGAGAGCUUGGGGAUGCCAGAUGAGCAGGAAAGGGAAUAUCGUUGGCAAGAUCCUUCAUACGAGGAGUGUGGUGGUGAGCAAUCGGAGGAGCGCCCUGAAGGAAUGUGGGUGCAAGACGGAUAUCACUUCUCAACAGAGGAGGAGUAUUAUGAAGAGCCAAUAGGAGGGCUCCCUAUGGGAAGAGGAGGCCCCCCGAUGAUGAGAGGAGGGAGAGGAGGCCCACCUAUGGGAAGAGGGAGACCACCUAUGGGUAGAGGGGGACCGCCUAUGGGUAGAGGGGGACCGCCUAUGGGUAGAGGAGGACCGCCUAUGGGGAGAGGAGGGCUGCCUAUGGGGAGAGGAGGGCCGCCUAUGGGAAGAGGGGGACCGCCGUUGGGAAGAGGGGGACCGCCGUUGGGAAGAGGGGGACCGCCGUUGGGAAGAGGGGGACCGCCGUUGGGUAGAGGAGGUCCACCUAUGGGUCGAGGGGGUCCACAUAUGGGAAGAGGGGGACCCCCUAUGGGAAGAGGAGGACCACCCAUGGGAAGAGGAGGGCCACCUAUGGGAAGAGGAGAGCCAAUGGACAGGCACUGGGAAGAACCUGAGUCAGCGGAGUACUCAGAGGAAGGGGAUCCUUACUGGGGAGAAAGGAGACCUCCGAUGAGAGGCAUGAGACCCCCGUUUCCACCUGGCCGAGGUCGUCCCCCGCCUGGUCAUCCUGAUUUCACCCACCAAGGACGAGGCCGCCUCCCUCAUCCUGCACAUGGGCCGAUGGAUCACGAGGCAUUAGGCCAUGGAAUGAACCUUGAUGAUACAGAAAUGGAUCCAACAAUGCACCAUGGACAUGACCCUCAUAGCCAUCCGAUGCAUCCUGAUGUAGGAAGAGGUAGGCGUUGUGUGCCACCACCACCUCACGAGGAGAUUGAUCCUAUGGAUGACCCAUUGUACGUUGAAGGCAUGGAGAGAGAAUUAGAGUGGCAACCGCCACAUGGCAGAGGCCCUCCUCUGCCUUCACAUGAGAUAAUAGAUUCAGGAGGAAUGAGGAGGAGACCUAUGGGUCGAGGGAUGGCAAGAGGCAUGUGGCGGCCAGGUCAUGAGGGACAUGAUGAAAGAUAUAAAGAGGGUUUUGUAGAGGAUUAUGGUCAUGGGAAACCUGGGUAUCGCUGGGGGCCACCACAGAACUGUCCUCCUGAUGACUAUCGGCAUGAUGCCAAGUACUAUGAGUCUGAAUGGGACAGAGAGCGUAUUCUUUCUGAGAGGGACUAUCCCCCUCGCAUGCCACCACCAGAGCACCUCAGAGAUGGUCAUUGGCUAGAGGAAAGAGAAAGAAGUCACCCAUAUCCUUAUGAUGAGCAUGACAGGGGAAGAGGAGAACUUAGAAUUCAUGAAUAUAGGGAUGAGCCACCGUACCAGCAGGAAGAACCACCAUACCCACCAUCAGCUCCAUCUUCAGAAUGGAAUAGGACUUCAAGACUUCCUCCAUCACCAGAGAGAGGGUAUCCUGCUGACUAUGAGGAUCGCAGAGCUCGCUAUGAAGAGCCCAGGGAAGAGACUCCUUUGGAUAGACGUCCACGUUUACCUGCUGCGGCACCUGUCACAAACUUGCAAGAUGGCUCAAUUGAUCCUGACUCCCAAGGAACAAGUGGAGCAAAUGUACUUGCUCUCUCCCAGCGUCAACAUGAGAUCAUCUUGAAAGCUGCGCAAGAGCUUAAACUCAUAAGGGAACUGCAGGAGGGAAAGACACCUGGUACUGCACCUCCGCCUGCACCAUCUGACAUCCUGCCUGAGCUUCCUGCUGGUCUUCUCGGUUUGGAGAUCCCAGCAGACGUCAGGAAUGUUCUGAAGGGCAUGACUGCAGCAGCACAGACGGCUGUAACCGAACCUGUGUCUUGGGAUAAUAAGGCUGCUGCCACAAAUUACCAGCCAUCUCUCCCUGCACCCAAACCUUCAUUGAUUCCAAAGACUGUGGAUUAUGGCCAUGGGCACGAGCCUGGAGCCACCGUUGAGCGGAUGUCUUAUGGUGAGAGAAUUGUGUUGAGGCCUGACCCAGUGCUUUCAGACAGGGGCUAUGAAAAAGAACCUCUUGGUCCCAGAGAUCCUUACAGCAGAGACCCAUAUUAUGAAAGACGAUCGGACCCAUACAUGGACCGACGGGAGUACAGCAGAGACAGGGAAUUAUACAGAGAAAAGCUACCACUUGAAUAUGAAAGAGAAAGAUAUGAGAGGGAGCGCUAUCCACCACGGGAAAGAGAUGACAGCACACAGUCCAUGGUUGAAGAAAGAUCUCCACUGGCACCUCCUUCACGCUCAGGAUACAGGGAGAGAGAGCGGGAACUUCGAGAGAGGGAGCGAAGUGACAGUCGUGAUCGAGAAGAACAUUAUGGAAGGCCUGGCUAUGACAGACCUCCAUACGAGCGCACCGGACUCGAACGCAGUGGGCCUGAGCGUUACGGCCAUAGUUCCUCACCUUACGUAGACAGAAGAAGUUAUCCAGAGGACAGAGGGCCUCCCACUGCACCACCCCUCCCACCUCCGCCCCAGCCACCCCCCCGAGUCGAGAAGAAGCCAGAGAUCAAGAAUAUUGACGAUAUUCUCAAACCACCUGGCAGAUCAUCUCGCCCUGAAAGGAUUGUCAUCAUAAUGAGAGGGCUUCCAGGAAGUGGAAAAAGCCACGUGGCAAAGCUCAUACGGGAUAAGGAAGUCGAUUGUGGCGGUGCACCCCCAAGAGUUCUUGUUUUGGAUGAUUAUUUCAUGACGGAGGUUGAAAAAGUAGAGAAAGACCCAGACACAGGGAGACGGGUCAAACGCAAGGUUCUUGAGUACGAGUAUGAGCCAGAGAUGGAGGAUACCUACAGGAACAGCAUGCUUAAAACGUUCAAGAAAACUCUGGAUGAUGGAUUUUUCCCCUUCAUCAUUUUAGACACUAUUAAUGACAGAGUUAAACAUUAUGAUCAGUUCUGGAGUGCAGCCAAAACGAAAGGCUUUGAGGUGUAUCUUGCUGAAAUCACUGCAGACACUCAGACUUGUGGAAAGAGAAAUGUCCAUGGGCGCACGAUUAAGGAUAUAUUGAAGAUGUCCAACAACUGGGAGUCUUCACCACGGCACAUGGUGCGCUUGGAUGUCCGGUCGCUGCUUCAGGACGCAGCUAUAGAGGAGGUUGAAAUGGAAGACUUCAAUCCCGAUGACGAGCCCAAGGAGCCGAAGAGAGAGGAGGAAGAAGAGGGUGAUAUGGGCUACAUUCCAAAAAGCAAAUGGGAGAUGGACACGUCCGAGGCGAAACUUGACAGGUUAGACGGUCUGGGGAGCGGUGGGAAGAGGAAACGUGAAGACGUGUCCGACCUGGAGGACUACCUUCAGCUGCCAGACGACUAUGCCACGCGUAUGUCGGAACCUGGAAAGAAAAGGGUUCGAUGGGCUGAUCUCGAAGAGCAGAAGGAAGCAGAUCGAAAGCGCGCGAUCGGCUUUGUGGUGGGUCAAACGGACUGGGAGAGAAUAACGGAUGAGAGCGGACAGCUGGCACAAAGAGCUCUUAACCGUACCAAGUAUUUCUAAGAAGAUAAUCUUAACCCCCUUCUCCCCCCUUCAUUGAAAGGUUUCGAGAAUGUGAAAACACUGAAGCUUGCUUGUGGUUAAACGAGACUCAUCAAGGUGGAGAUAUCACCGAUGGUUAUCAAAUUAUUAGUUAUUUGAAUGAUAAGGAUUUUUUUCUCGUUUAAACAAACAGUCUGGUUAUUCCCUGAUCAAUUUGUAGUGUAUAACUCUGUGCUUCUUCUAGUCAUGGUCUGUCAUCAAUUAUGUUUCAUGCUGUUUUAUACUCUUCAUGCUUUCUGUACUGUAGCCCUUUUUCUUGGUCUAUGCCUACUUGAAAGAACACAAUAAAACAUUCACAAAAUGA